AUGCAAUCUUUCCCUCGCUUUUUGAGAGGACAACCAUCUCCAAAGGUGCAAGACUCGGCGUUUCCUCCAUUCAAAGUGGAACAUCGUUACAAAGGUGUUUAUGAAAGAGCUGGGUUUGAUGUUAAUACUGAAUCUGAGAGAAAGCUGUCUCCUACUGAUACUAAAUCAUUUCAUUCAACUAGAUCUAAUCCAAAGAAAUCUUCCAAUGGUAUUCAAUCGCCAACCGAUUCAAAAUCUGUUUCUCCUACUUCUAUAAAACAGCAAUCAUUUAAAUCGAAUUCAGCAGAGCAAUUGAACUCUAAAGUGAAUCAUAAUCAUGCUAAUAAUCAAAUUAAGCCAUUUGCGUCAGCAUCAUCAAAUCCAUAUAAUGCUCCAACAUCAGCUAAAUCUGCCACAUUUGGAAACAUCAAAUCAAUGCCAUAUCCAAUGUCUCCGCCAUUAACAUCGACUCGAUCAUUUUCAGAGUCUCAAUUACCAAUGUCAAAUACUUCAGCCCCAUAUCAAAGAUCAUUUAGUGAGUCUAAAGCUGUCUCGCCUACCAAGAACCAACAAUUGCCAAAUCCAACUCCUAUUGAACCAUUCAAACCAUCUAUAUCUCAUCAAAAGAACUACAAGAAUCUUAGACUUAACCUUGAUGAUGGUCCUCAAACCGAGAAUUAUGAGCAUGAAGGAACACAGAAGAUUUAUGAUUCCGAUAGUGAAAAUGAAAUGAUUAACACUAUCUCGCCAAAAGAAAACUCUUUUGAUGAAACUAGAAACACUUCAAUUGAUAAAUCAGAGUUCAAUACCUUGAAUUCUAACUCAAUGACUAAUAUAGUAUCUAAAAACGUUGAACCAACUAAGAAGCCAUUACAUGAUAUUUCUAAUCAAUAUCAAACAAAUGACAAUAGCCCAAUCAAGCAAAAUAUUCCACAAAUUCAAUCAAGAAUUCCUCAUAAUAAUAAUAAUAAUAACGAGAGCUAUAAUGGUAAUAAUAGUGGCGUGAAUCCUAAUUACAAUCCUUAUCAGCAACCACAACAUCAUAUUGCCCAAACACAAAUUCCUCAACAGCAACCAUAUCAGAUGGGUCCAGCGCAAAUUCCACAACAGCAACAACAACAUCAACAUUAUGGAUUUCCUCGUAUAAAUACAAAUCAACAUAUUCCACAACAGCAACCAAAACAAUGGAAUCAACCUUCUCAAGGAAGUAAUAAUUAUCAAGAACGUGAGCGUCAACCAGAAAUUCCUCAAUUCAAAAUUGAUGCUCCAGAAGCAAACUUCAGUAUGCCAGAAAGCAAUUCUACUUACAGAUUAUCGAACGCAUUGGAUGAAUUUAAGAGAGAUAUUCAAGCUCAUAAAAAUUAUGUACCAAGAUCUCCCUCGAUCCCUAACACUCCACCUGAACUACCAGCUUCAUCUCCUACAGAAUUAGGUUUAACUCGUUUUGAGAAAUUGGUUAGCAAUCCAAAAUAUGGUACUGAUAAUGAAACACAACAACUUCCAUAUCCAGUGAAUGAGUUAUCAAUUGCUCCCAGUCCCAGAGAAGCUAGAUUAAGUCAGUUAUCUAUGGUGAGUUCUAUAAUAUCAAAGGAAUCAAACUAUAGUGAUGACGAUGAUGCUGUUGAAAAGGAGCUAAAGAGACAAUUGGAUAUGUUGAAGCAGAAUGGAGGAAGUGAUUUGUUUGAAAAAGAAGAAAGCUCAAUCACAGAAUCAUUUGAUCAUAAUGAGGUAGAUCAAGAAGCUAACAUUCCACAAAUUCAAAUCAACAACAUGGAUGAUAUUCCUGAAACAGAUGAAGCCGAAGAAGAGGAAGUUGAUGAAGAAGGAACUAGAAAUCAAGAGGCUGUUAAUACCCAAAUUAAUGAAGCUAAGAGAGGUAGCGAUUCUUCUAGUAAUUCAGUCGAUUUAGAUGAUAUGUCCUCUACUGCUUCAUACGACUCCGUGAAACCAUUAUCAGUUCGUCAUUCAGCUAAUGUUUCAUUCAAUACCAUUGAACUUCCACCAUCACCAGCUAAAUUCAGAAAAGAAGUUAAAUUCACUGAUGUGGAUAGUUUUGUUUCGCCAGUAAGAGGAAAUUUCCAAAAUAUCAGUGAACUGCCUCUUGAAGCAUCAUUUCCUCAAAACGUCAAACCUUUAAGUCCUAAGAACCACGAAAUUGAAAAGGAAUUGAAGGGUCUUAAUUUUGAAAUUCAACAAGCUACCGAGUCUCCUUCUCAAUUUAUGAUAAACGAUAAUUCGGAAUUAGUCAGUAAAGAUGCUAUAAAAUCACCUAUUAAUGAUGCAAAUGUUAAUGAAGAAUUAGAACAAGAGUCAAGAGAAGAAGGUCGUCAUGUUGUGGUCGCUCCAGGAACUGGUCCUUGUAGAUCAUGUCGUAACCCAAUACUAUCGAACGCAAAAGGUUCACAAAAAGCAAUUUAUUCAAAGACAGGCGAAUUAUCUGGACAAUGGCAUAGAAGCUGUUUUCAAUGUGCUUAUGAUGAUUGUGGAAUCGUGUUUUCUAAAAAUGUUCAAUGUUAUGCCUUACACAAUCAACCAUAUUGUUUCAGCCAUUAUCAUCAAUUGAAUAAUACAACUUGUGAAGGAUGUGGAAUUGGUAUUGAAGGUGAUUGUAUUGAGAAUGAAUUAGAACAAAAAUGGCAUUUAAAUUGUUUAACAUGUCAUAAAUGUAAUGAUAUGAUUAACAAUGAUUAUUUCCUUAUUAAUGGAAAGAUCUUCUGUGAAUCUGAUGCCCACAUAUUAAUUAGUAACAGCCAUCAAGCUGGAUUAUCCAGUACAGAUAAGAUUGAGAAGAGAAGAACGAGAUUACUCUUCCUUGAUUAA